UCCUCUUCAGGGAAUCAAGAAGGAGGGAGCAGCUCUGCCCUGGGAGGCGUUGGUGGCACAGGUGGUGCCUGGCUGCUCUUCCUUCCUGUGCCAGCGCUCAAUCUGGAGCCAGAGGCUGGAAGACCUUGGAACACCUCGUCUUCUACCAGGCCCUCCCCAUGGAAACCCAUGAAUGUUUGCCAGCACCUGGUCCAGAGUCCAGCAAGGCUGUCCCGCCUUCAAAGAACACAAGAGACAGCCUGCUACCCCCUGGGAAAGAGACCCUGCGAGAUGCAAGCCUUCAGAAUCUGGGAUGUCAACCAGAAGACCUUCUACCUGCGAAAUAACCAGCUAGUUGCUGGAUACUUGCAAGGACCAAAUACUAAAUUGGAAGAGAAGAUAGAUGUGGUGCCCAUCGAGCCCCAUGCUAUGUUCCUGGGGAUCCAUGGGGGGAAGCUGUGCCUGGCCUGUGUCAAGUCUGGUGAUGAGAUCAAGCUCGGGUUGGAGCCGGUAAACAUCACUGACCUGAACAGCAGCAAGGAGGAGGACAAGCGCUUCGCCUUCAUCCGCUCCGACAGCGGGCCCACCACCAGCUUCGAGUCGGCCGCCUGCCCCGGCUGGUUCCUCUGUACCGCACUGGAGACCGACCAGCCCGUGGGCCUCACCAAUACUCCUCAAGAUGCUGUCCAGGUCACCAAGUUCUACUUCCAGCAGGACCAGUAGCGGUGCUGUUCAGCAUCCCUUGCCUCCCACUCCCAGCACAUCUAUGACUCCAGAGAUGCCUCUCCCUCCCAUCCGGGGGUUCGCCAUGGUUGCAGUGAGCGCUCAGCGGGGCAGCCUUGGCCGGGGGUGGGGGCAGCCCUCGGAAGGAGGUACAAGAGCCCUGAGAACAGCCUCCUCUACUUACCCAGCCUCCACGAGGCCUCCGCCAGGUCUUUCUAAAGUGCACAUGGGAUCACGGCCCCGAUCAAAGCCCUCAGGGUCGCCUGUACCUUCAGGGUAAAGUCCAGGCACCCUGGCCAGCCCCAGCCCCUCCCUCACUUCCCUUCCAGGCCCCAGAGCCCGCAGGCCACUCGCUGACCUCCCCUCAAGGGGCUCCCAUCCUGCUAUUUGCAAACUGGUGCUUUUCCAGGGGCAAGAGUUUUAGGCUCUGUGGCAAAAUGGAAAACAAGUGUUUCCUGGUUUUUUGUUUUUUUUUUUUUCAUUAAGCCAGCUUUGAGAGAGAGUCCUUUAUUUGGAGAUGAUGUUCUUUCUGGAAGGGGGUAGAAGAUUAAAUAUCCCCUUGUUUAGGAAUUGAUGGUGAAAGGAGGUGAUAGCUUUUCCUCUUUGUCUUUCUUGUUUUUGUGAUGCCCUGACCUGUAAAAAUGAAAAGUUAGUGGACUAGGUUGGUCCCCUAGUGUUUUUCUUUCUGGAACAUUCCUAUAAGUCUAGACCGCUCCCCGGCCCAGGCCCUGAGCGCCCUGUCCACUGCAGACCUCCUGCAGCUGCCUGCAGUGCUGUCCCCUUCCCUGCCCUCCCGUCAGAAUCCCCCAGCUCCCAAGACACAGCACAAAUGUGGCUUCUCCAGACCUCCCAGGAGGAAUGAAUCGCUCCUUGACCAUUUUAGCACUUCCGACACCCUGAGACUUGUUUGGAAGAUGUUGUGCCUCUGUCUGUCUCCCCACCAUCCUGUGAGCCCCUGAGAGCAGGGACCUUGACCCGCCCCCGCCAUGUCUUAGGUCUCUGCAGGGCCAAGCACAUGGCCUGGCCCUCAGUAGGUGCCCUCAGUGAACGUGUGUUGUAUGUGUUGAGUGGAAAGUUUCCUACUCCCUGUGACCUGAGCUUUGUUUUACAAUAAAACCUUGAAAACUUGAAAACUCA